GAACCCGUAAAGCAUAACUCCAAUGGCGGCGUCUUCUUCAGCAUCAUUCGUUAAGGAGAGCUUUCAGUAUGAUGUGUUUUUGAGUUUUAGUGGAGAAGACACUCGUAAGAACUUUGUGGAUCACCUUUAUGCUGCUCUUGAGCAACAUGGUAUUCACACUUUCAAGGACGACGAGAGACUCAAACAAGGAAAAAACAUCAAUAACCAGCUUUUGAAAUCUAUUGAAGAGUCAAAGUUGUUCAUCAUAGUUUUCUCAAAGAACUAUGCAUCUUCGUCUUGGUGCUUAAAUGAACUUGUAAAGAUUAUGGAAUGCCAAAGGUCGAACGACCAGAUUGCUUACCCUGUUUUUUACGAUGUGGAUCCGUCUGAACUUCGCAAACAACGUGGACCAGUCGGAGAAGCUCUUGCCAAACACACCAAUAAAGAGAUCGGGAACUGGAGAGAAGCUCUGACUGAAGCAGCCAAUCUAUCCGGUUGGGAUUUAAGGAACACUGCUGAUGGGCAUGAAGCCAAAGUUAUUAAGUUA